CGCGCGCUCCCGGUGACGGCGCCGCGCGUGCCGCGCUCCGCCGGCGGCAGCGCCAGGGUAGCUCCAGAUAGAAGCCCCGGGUGAUGGCUGUUGCUGAAGUCGCUGCCAGUACUUACUGCCUGCUUGUCAGCUGGAGGUCUGAUGUGCCUACCACCGCUGGUGUUAGUCUAGGCACGCCCCAGCCCACCUCUGGCAGAACAUGAUCAUCCUUUGAAUAUUAAUCUACAUUUACCUCAGUAUUUCAAAGUUUGUUGGUAGUUUGGGUAAAUAAUGGCUCAGCUCCAGCAAGGAGGUCCAGAUGAAAAAGAGAAGACUACUGCAUUAAAGGAUUUAUUGUCUAGAAUAGACUUGGAUGAACUAAUGAAAAAAGAUGAGCCACCACUUGAAUUUCCUGAUACUUUGGAAGGAUUUGAGUACAUUUUUAAUGAAAAAGGGCAAUUAAGACACAUUAAAACUGGGGAGCCAUUUGUUUUUAAUUAUCGUGAGGAUUUGCAUAGAUGGAAUCAAAAGCGCUAUGAAGCUCUUGGAGAGAUCAUUACUAAAUACAUUUAUGAACUACUGCAGAAUGAAUGCCAUUUGAAGAAAGUAACUCUUCCCGUUGAUGCAAUUGAGACUGAACCAAAGAGCUUUAUCUUUAUGAGUGAAGAUGCAUUAGUAAAUCCUGACAAGCUGUUGGUCUUAAUUCAUGGUAAUGGUGUUGUCAGAGCUGGUCAGUGGGCUAGGAGACUCAUAAUUAAUGAAGAUCUGGACAGUGGGACACAAAUACCAUACAUAAAGAGAGCUAUUGAGGAAGGCUAUGGAGUAAUAGUUCUGAAUCCCAAUGAGAACUAUAUUGAAGUUGAGAAGACAAAAGCCCAAAUACAGCUGUCUUCUGAUAUCUCAGAUGAACCUGCAGAAAAGAGAGAAAGAAAAGAUAAAAUACAGAAGGAAACAAAGAAGCGACGUGACUUCUAUGAAAAGUACCGAAAUCCACAAAAAGAAAAAGAAACUAUGCAGAUCUAUAUUAGAGAUAAUGGCUCUCCUGAAGAACAUGCAAUUUAUGUUUGGGACCAUUUUAUUUCCCAGUCAGCUGCAGAGAAUGUGUUUUUUGUUGCUCACAGUUAUGGUGGACUUGCCUUUGUAGAGUUGAUGAUUCAACGAGAGGCAGAAGUAAAGAAUAGGGUAACUGCUGUGGCAUUGACAGACUCAGUUCACAAUGUGUGGCAUCAAGAAGUUGGAAAAACUAUUCGAGAGUGGAUGCGAGAGAACUGCUGUAACUGGGUGUCCAGCUCCGAGCCCCUGGACACAUCGGUGGAGUCCAUGCUGCCAGACUGUCCCCGUGUCUCUGCAGAGGACAAGGCUUUUAAUGGCAGCAGUCCAGGUCGUAGGCUAAUAGCUGCUUCCAGACUCCAAGGACAUCAACUCUCUGUCUGGGGAACCUUCUCCAUAAGGUACAGAACGCCAUGAACUAACUUCUUGGAAGAGUUUUCCAUCUGUUUUCAAGUUCUUCAGUGAGGCUGUAAAGGCGAAGAACAGCUUGGUGAAACCAACCCCAACACGGCGCUCCAACAGGAUAAAAUAUGAAGAAUUCUAAAAAGAGUGGAGGAAAAAAACCCACCACCACCAAUGUGUUUGCUGCUUGUUUUCUGCAAGGAGUCUCCCAGCCCCUCAUUAGAUUGUUUUCUUCCUAGAGCACAGGGUCGUGAUGUAUACAUCUAAAUAGUGUUUUGCAUUAUUUCUAGAUGAGUGCAACUGUCAAAGCAAUAUGGGUUCACUGGUUGUGCUUCCUGUGGGCUGUAACUUGGAUUUUGUGCUGCCCAUCAGUGUGCAGAUUAAGGCUGACAGUGGUACUGCACACUGCAGCAUGGUGCAACUCUAAUUGCCCUGACAUAGCCCUGCACCUAGCUGAUGCCAAAAUUUAACAGCUUCAUUGCAGUCUUAUUGCCUGCAGGUUAUUUUGCAGCUUCCUUCUAUUUUGAGACAGAACAAAAUAUGAAUUACCCUUUUUUAAAAGACGGGCCUAACUCAAAUGUGUUAACCAGCCUAUGAUUUUACACCUAGUAGCCUUCUCUUUCUCUAGCACCAAGCGGAAUUGACUUCUAACUCUCUCAUUUUUCUGCUGGCAAGAGUGUCCAAGAAGUUUGGCCCAGAAUUCUAGAAAGGCUCCAUUGUUGAAGAUAUUUUCUCUUGCUAGAUCAAUGGGAUUAUGUGUAGAUCUUCUCUUCCUUUGGACAGCUCUACUUUAAAAAAUGCCUAUACAUUAACAGGCUGGAUCACACUGUGAAAUAUGACAGCAAAAAAAAAAAAAAAAGAAAAAAAAAAAGACAAUCUGCAUAUUUUUUGUUAAUUUUUAAACACAAAAAUGCUUCCAUUUUCAUAUGCUGGGUUUGUAAUGACUUGCCAUCCCAUGGUUAUUCUCUUUUCCCUAAACUCACAGUUCCCUACCCACUUUCCCAGUCUCUCUGACAAAGGCUGGCCAGCAGGGCACUUUCUAUGGGGAUUUCACACCAUGCACAGGGAGUAUGUGGCUGUAGCCAUAACUGUUUUGUUAGGCAUGUUUUCUCCACUAAAACUAAGGGAAAAGAUGUGCUUGAUAGCAUGCACAGUGAGCAAGCACUCUAAUUUUUGGUGUUGAUAAUACUAAAUUAAAGUUGUCCUUUCUUUAAUGGCCAUGCCCACCUCACCACUGAUGCUUUGGACCCAGUCCUGCCCUCUCCUCGUGCAGUGUGUCCAAUCCUACAGCUGGGGCCAGAAGUGGUGGUGGGGAGCAUUAAAACGAGACAAUGCCGAAAACAAGGGCACCAUCCUAUGCCAUGGAGCAAAAGCAGAAGUCCUCAUAGUGAGGUGUAAAGGGAAAAACAGCUGGGUCUGGGCCUAAAUCCUCCAUAUGUGUGCUCACAGCACCCACAGAGUGCUUAUAUCCCUACCUGCUCAUACUGGCAGCCGGACUUCACUUCCCCAACUGCUGCUUCCUGUCACCUCAUUGCAUUUGAGCUCUGCCCUUGGGCAGGGGGACUUAGAGCAAACUCCUGGGGGGGGCAUGCCUAUGUGGAGGAAAGCGCAGUAUCUAUGCCUGGCAGAUUUUCUUCCUGGAGGGGAACCUGUGAAGAAUCCACCCCGGCCCCCUGGACCCUGUGUGUUCAGGGGUAAGGCGUGAGUUUACAUGGAGUGGUUUGGGUGUCCGUGCUUCAUCCCACAGCCAGAGAAGGUGCAGAGACCAGGGAAGUUUGUACAUGCACACACCAGACCUGCCAUUCUGCAUCUUUGUGGAGGUGAAAUGGACUCUCUAGGGUGCCCAAAUAUUGGAGGAGCAGAUCUAUUUUUUAAAUUGAUGAUGAGAAACAACCUACAAACAUUUUUACUGUAACACCGUUUUCUACAAAAUUUUUCUUUACUGUGCCCUGGGCCCAGCUCACAUAAUCGCUCCUGUGGGGAGCUCUAGAGCAGAGGGGAUCCUCACCACUGGUACUGCUCUGCUUGCAAUGAACAAAAAAAUAAAUAUGUUCUCUUCUCUC